UCAGAUCAAACUCAGUUUCGAAAAAAAAAAUGGAUUUAAAACUGAGUCACCAGCUUUGGAGAAGGUAUGUCUCCCUCUUCAUUCUUUCCUGUGUAGCUCUGUCCACAAUUUCUGCCGUUACGCACUACUCGAUUCCAGAGGAGAUGGAGGAAGGAUCUGUGGUUGCUAAUCUUGCAGCGGAUUUGGGUCUUGAUGCGAAAGCCUUGGGUCGACGUAAAAUGAGACUGGAUGUGAUCGCUAACAAGAGGUAUCUUGAGAUAAACAAAGAUACGGGGGAGUUGUUAGUAGCUGAAAAGAUAGACCGAGAAUAUCUAUGUAACAGCAAGAAUCCAUCAUGUUUUCUGAAAAUGGAUGUCACACUUGAAAAUCCGGUUCGAUUGUUCAACAUUGAAGUUGAGAUAAUGGACAUCAAUGACAAUGCACCUCAUUUCCGAAGGGACACGAUGCAUUUGGAUAUAUCUGAAUCAACCCCGUCAGGAGAGCGCUUCUCAUUAACCAAUGCUUUGGAUCCCGAUUUUGGCUCGAACUCAGUUAAAACGUAUCAUCUCAGUGAAAGUCAAUAUUUUGACAUUGAAAUUCAGACGGGGAGAGAUGGGUCAAAGUUUGCUGAUUUGAUUCUGAAAAAGGCUUUAGACAGAGAGCAGCAGGCUGUUCAUAAUCUAAUACUCACCGCUGUAGAUGGCGGAAUCCCCACGCGCACAGGUACAGCCAACAUUGUAGUUCGCGUGCUUGAUAUAAACGACAACGCCCCUACGUUUGACAAAGAAAACAACAAAAUAUAUGUAAUGGAAAACUCUCCCAUUGGCAGUCUAGUAAUUAAACUGAACGCCACCGAUUUAGACGAGGGAACAAAUUCGAAUAUAAUUUAUUCUUACAGUUUGUAUACAUCAGAGAAAACGCAAAACACGUUCACUUUGAAUCCAGAUAAUGGUGAAAUCAGAGUGAAAGAGAUGAUCAAUUAUGAGGAUUUCAAGAUUUAUGAUAUGGAGGUUAUUGCUACUGAUAAGGGUCCAAAUGCCUUAUCUGGACAGUGUAAACUGACAAUAUUGGUGACAGAUAUGAAUGAUAAUCACCCAGACAUUUCCAUCAAAUCAUUUCAAAGUCCUAUUAAAGAAAAUGCACCAUUAGACACAGUGAUAGCAGUGGUUAGUGUCGGUGAUAAAGAUUCAGGUGACAACGGAAUAGUUGAUCUAACUAUCCCUGAAAAUAUGCCUUUCAAACUGAGAGAAUCCUCAGACAGUUACUUUGAGUUGAUAAUCUCAGAGCCACUGGACCGUGAGAAGGUUCCAGAAUAUGACAUCACAUUCACUGUCACAGACAGAGGUUCUUCUCCAUUGUCAGAUAAUGAAACUAUGACUUUAGAGCUGCUGGAUGUUAAUGACAAUGUUCCUCAGUUCCCUCAGUCCUUCUACACUAUACGUGUAAUGGAGAAUAACGCCCCUGGGGCCUUGUUGAAUUCCCUCACUGCGUUUGAUCCAGACCUCCAUGAAAAUCAGUAUCUAGUUUAUUUUAUCGUAGAGAAGGAGAUCGCCAACACCUCCAUGUCCAUGCUGUUCUCCAUCAAUCCAGAGAAUGGUAAUCUUUACGCACUCAAGACGUUUGACUACGAGAUGGAGAAAGAGUUUCUUUUCCACAUUGAGGCCAGAGAUUCUGGUGUUUCUCCACUCAGCAGUAAUGUGACAGUUCACAUCAUUAUUGUGGACCAGAACGACAACACUCCUGUCAUUGUCUCUCCGUGGCGCGCGCACGGCUCGGUGGUAGAGGAGAAGAUCCCCAGAUCCACGGAUAAAGGCUCUCUGGUUGCCAAGGUGAUAGCCAUAGACACUGACUCGGUGCUUAACUCUCGGAUUACAUACCAGUUUCUGCAGGUGACUGAUGCCACCUUAUUCAGUCUGGAUCAAUACAACGGAGAGAUCCGGACCAUGAGGAUGUUCAGUUACAGAGAUCCACGUCACCAGCGUCUGGUUGUUGUUGCCAAGGACAACGGGGAGCCCGCUCUCUCUGCCACAGUCACCAUCAAGCUGUCCACAGUGGAGACUGCUGUCAAGGCCUACUCUGACAUGACUGAGGUGCCUCUGGAAUAUGACAUCUUUUCAGACUUAAACCUGUAUUUGGUCAUUGGUCUGGGCUCGGUGUCAUUUCUGCUCUUGAUCACCAUAUUGGUCACCAUCGUGCUGAAGUGUCAGAAACCCAAGGCCAGCAAAGCGGCUCCUCCCUGUAGGAACAGUGUGAUCAGUGAGAGGAACUCGACCAUUGCAGACUCCACCCUGGUCUCCAAUGAUGCCUACUGGUACAGUCUGUUUCUAGCGGAGACCAGGAAGGGAAAGCUGGUGGUUCGACAGCCUCUGCCAAAGGGCUCCAGGUACAUCGUGUCCAGUAUACCAAGGAGCACAGGGCUGACAGAGACUAGUGACUCAGCAGCUUCUACUCUGCAGGUAUGA